AUUAUUUUUAUAAUAGUUAACUACUUUACUAAAUAUAUAUUUUAUAUUUUAUAUAUAAAGAGUAUCUCUGUAGAAAACUUUAUAAUAAUUUUUAUUAAAUAUAUAUAUAUAUAUAUAUAUAUUAGAGUCCUAAGUAAUAUAAUUAGUAAUAAAGAUAAUAUCUUUAUAAAUAUAUUCUAG